UUAGCAUUGGUUCCCUUGGAAUGGGACCAAGUACUGGCUAGUCUUCUGCAGCCACUGAUAGGUGGCUAAGGGCUGCACUGUCAUUCUCGCCUUAGACUGAACUUUAUAACUGAACUGGUAGAAGCUCUAACUCUGUGUUCUUCUCCUGCAUGCUGCUGUGAGAGGGCAGGUCAAGGGAACAAUUUGAGUAGCCAGCAUGGAGUUACAAGUUACAAGAGUCCUUCUGCUUCUGCUUUCCUUGAGCACGGCGCAUGGGGGAGCAUACUAUGGCAAGUCUGACACCAAGGGACCUCAGUACCAACCAUACAACGUGAAGAGUCAAGUGGAACCGAUGGUCGGAGAACCGGGCCCCCCCGGUGAACCAGGAGAACGAGGCCCUACUGGUCAUCCAGGGCCUCCAGGCAAGCCCGGCUAUGGGGUGCCAGGAGUACAAGGCCCUCCUGGGCCAGCUGGACCACCAGGACACUCUGCUGCAGGAAAGCCUGGCUCUCCGGGUACUCCAGGCAAACCUGGUGAACAAGGCGUUCCCGGGGAAAAAGGAGAAACUGGACCUCAGGGAUCUCAAGGGCCCAGGGGGCUCCCAGGAUCUCCUGGAACUCCUGGACCUGCUGGCCUCUCUUCUCCAGGAAAGCCAGGGCCACAAGGCAUGCCAGGUGCACCAGGCUCACAAGGGUCACCAGGAGUAAAGGGACAUCAAGGUCCUCCAGGCAUGCAAGGCCCAAAAGGAGAGAAUGGAUACGGAGUCCCAGGGGCUCAAGGAGAGAGAGGCCCUGAAGGGCCAGCAGGUCCGGGUGGGAGGCCAGGGACCCCUGGCGUGGGUAAACCUGGUAAACCUGGGUACCCAGGGGAGCCAGGGAAGCAAGGAAUGCCUGGUUUGGAUGGGUCGCCUGGACCCAUGGGCAUGCCAGGUCAAAAGGGUUCUGCUGGGUCACCAGGGCCAAUGAGUACAGGAAAGCCAGGAGAAAAUGGUGCCCCAGGUAUGCCUGGUCCAACUGGGCCAGCAGGUCCACCUGGACCUGCAGGAGUGAGUGGGAGUCCAGGGCUUCCUGGUUAUGGUAAAUCAGGCCUGCCCGGGCUUAAAGGGGAAAGAGGGGCAUCAGGUGUGCCAGGUGCACCUGGUCUUAAAGGAGAACAGGGGUCAGCCGGGCACUCAGGGGAACCAGGGAGCACUGGGCCAGCAGGCCCACCAGGGCCUCAGGGCCAAAGAGGGUUUCCUGGGGAAACUGGACAGGCAGGGUCCAAAGGUGAAGCUGGUCAAAUGGGACAACCAGGGCACAAGGGUUUUAAAGGUGCUCAAGGUUCACAAGGCUUAGAAGGGAAACCAGGGUACCCAGGACCACCUGGCCCAGUGGGUCCCAGGGGGACCUCGGGGCCAUCAGGUGUGAAGGGUGACACAGGAACAGCAGGUUCUCCUGGUCUCCCAGGGCAACCAGGCAGUCCAGGGUCUAAAGGCAAUGCAGGCCAACCCGGCGAACCAGGAUCAAGUGGGCAAGAUGGGAUACCCGGCUCAAGAGGACCCAGCGGUCCACCUGGGCCUGCAGGUGCGCCUGGUUUAAAGGGGCAUCCUGGUAUUCCCGGGAAAGCAGGGCCUGCCGGUAUCGCAGCUAAAGGAGUGCCAGGUCCAAUGGGUCCCCCUGGGUUUCCCGGAGCAAGAGGAUCAGAUGGUCGCCCUGGAACUCCUGGUCUUCCAGGACCACCCGGCCCUGCAGGAGAGAUGAUAUAUCAGAAGAGUAUAAAAUCUGCACAAAUGCAAGUGGCUCCCAUAUCUGCUUUCAGUGCCCUGCUUAGCAAGGCUUACCCACAUGAAGAAGCUCCCAUUCAGUUUGACAACAUCCUAUAUAAUGCACAGCAACACUAUGACCCUUCCACUGGAAUCUUCACAUGUCGCAUACCGGGAGUCUACUAUUUUGCAUACCACGUGCAUGUUAAGGGGUCUAAUGUUUUGGUUGCGCUGUAUAAAAACGGUUCCCCAGUAAUGUACACCUACGAUGAAUAUAAGAAAGGUUAUCUGGAUCAAGCCUCAGGAAGUGGUAUCCUCCACCUUCAGGAAGAUGACCAGGUGUGGGUUCAGAUUCCAGACGAUGAUUCCAACGGUGUCUAUGCCUCCGAUAACAUUCACUGCUCCUUCAGUGGAUUCCUGAUUGGCUCUACGUGAUACUGAUUUGGCUCAACUGGCUCAACCACCUACCCCUCUGAGGUUCAAAUGCCUUGUUUUGUUUAGACCCUUCUUUCAAAUGCUCCUGACAGUAUAUUAGUUUUCUGGUAUAUAAAAUGUUGGUCUACACAGCUUGUACUCUGUGGAUUUUAAAUAUAGCAAACCGAAUAAUACAGGGUGGGUAACUUUCUGUUUAAGGGAGAAAGGUGUAUUGUGUAAUUAAUCAGGGAUGGGCCAUCGUUUCUAAAGUAUCAAAGGUUACUCUAUGCACCAAGCUGUGUGGAUGAAAGACCUUGUUCAUGCUGUUUUGCUUCUUCCCAUCGUAUGCUGCCUAGCCCUCUGAAGCAUGCUUUCUAAUUUUCAGUUUUUAUAAAAAAUCAGAAAAUAAAAAUUACAAAUGUGGUUACAGCAAGAAAACAUAUGGUGCUUUCAUCACUGUGCUCAAACCCCUUCCAACCAAGCAUGUAAUCUUUGUGUCUGUUUGUCUUUAAAAAGCAGUGUUAUUAUUAGAUUUUGAAUAAACCGACAUUAUUGUUAGAAGUAUUGGUAUUAGUAAUGAUGUCUAUGGAACUGUAACACAGGAACAUGUAUUGAAUUCCUGAUAACUUCUCUUGUGUACCAGAAAAUUAGACUGCAGUGAUCUACUCCCAAUUUUAUACCUGUACAAAACAUUGUCAAAUCCCUUUUUGAUGCAUCUGCCCUUUAUAAAUGACCAAAAUAAACAUUUAAAAUCUUUAAA